CUGUCAAAAUCAAAACGGCAUUUUUUGUUUACCAUAAUCGGUCGCGUUUCUUGCGUCUUUUUGCGUAUAAACAAACUGUUAAUUCGGAUUAAUUUGGGCAAAUUCGGGGGCCAUUACCUUCGGGGUUACUUAUGCUAACCGGCGGGACCAUACCCCACUAUCAACGGCAGCAGCAACACCAAACAUGUCCUCCUGGGAAGACAUCCAAGCGGUGAAGGUGAAGCGCAAUACGCUUCGGGAGCGGCUGGAGAAGCGCAAGAAGGAACGCCAGGAUUUGAUGCUUGGCGGGGGAAGCAGCCCCGGUCCCAGUGUGGUGGGUGGUCUCAUCAAAACGGAAGCUGGUGCCAGUGGUCUGGUGGACGACAAGAGCAAGGUGCUGCUGGCGGCAAUUAAACUGGAACAAGCUGACAUCGACAACGAAAUUGAAAAAACCUUGGUGCGAGUUCUGUCGGAUCGGACUUUGAUAUUGCCCACCAACUCGUCUCAGAUUGCACAGCGAGUUGAAAAGCUGAUACUGAAACCGACGCCCAGCGAUUCGGUUCUGUACUAUUUGCAGAAAUUGGCCGGACAAAAUUUGGUCAGCAUCAAGGAAGUUAGUAUCGGAGCUAGCACCGGAUAUGAGAUUAUAUCCGCUGAACAUGCUAGUCUGCAGGUUCUGUACGAUGAUUUGCUUUCGAACCACAGCGAUAGGGAAAGUAUUAAGAGAAAGGCCAUCAAGGAUGAGCCCGAUGGGGAAAGUAAGAUGGCCAAGUUGAGUUGUACUUCUAGCACCGGGAAGGACGAUUCCCAAAAGAAGCCAGGCGAAUCGAGUGCUUUAACGUCCGAUAUUAUGUCGCUACUGUCGCUGCCUUCGACAAGAGAAAAACAGAGCAAACAGGUGGGAGAAGAAAUUUUGGAACUGCUGACAAAACCAACGGCCAAGGAACGAUCGUUGGCGGAAAAGUUCAAAUCUCAGGGUGGAGCUCAGGUGAUGGAAUUUUGUCCCCAUGGAACGAGGAUCGAAUGCCUAAGGUCCCUGGAAGCCGCAAACGAUGCUCAUCUCAAGGCGAAAGAUGAAGACGAUGAUGAUGACGUUAUCAUAAGCGAUGAUAACAACGGUUUCGAACUUGUUGAAAUUAAGAAGGAGCCUCAAGAGAACAAGUUCCAAUGCAACAAAUUGCACUUCAAAAAGAUCAUUCAAUCUCACACGGAUGAAUCGCUGGGAGACUGUAGUUUCUUAAACACGUGCUUUCACAUGGACACGUGCAAAUACGUUCACUAUGAGGUGGACACCUUCAUUGGGCAAAACACGGGUUCCAAAUUUGAAACUGAAGGCCCCCUGGCAGGCAAACGUACUGUCGAUCCAUGUGCGACCCUCUAUCCUCCUCAGUGGAUUCAAUGUGAUCUGCGAUAUCUGGAUAUGACUGUCCUGGGAAAAUUUGCAGUAGUCAUGGCCGAUCCUCCCUGGGACAUCCACAUGGAACUACCAUAUGGAACGAUGUCCGAUGACGAGAUGAGACAGCUGGGAGUUCCGGCACUGCAAGACGAUGGGUUGAUAUUCCUGUGGGUCACGGGACGCGCCAUGGAACUGGGACGCGAGUGCCUCAAACUUUGGGGCUACGAGCGCGUUGACGAGUUGAUUUGGGUUAAAACUAACCAGUUGCAGCGAAUAAUCCGCACCGGACGCACCGGCCAUUGGUUGAACCAUGGAAAAGAGCACUGCCUUGUGGGGAUGAAAGGCAAUCCGCCGAAUCUGAACCGUGGACUGGAUUGCGAUGUCAUUGUGGCCGAAGUUCGUGCCACCAGUCACAAACCGGACGAAAUCUAUGGCAUCAUCGAGCGGCUGAGUCCCGGAACGCGGAAGAUCGAACUGUUUGGCCGGCCCCAUAAUGUGCAGCCGAAUUGGAUAACCCUCGGCAACCAGUUGGACGGUAUUCGACUGGUGGAUCCGGAGUUGAUAAGUUCUUUUCAGAAGCGCUAUCCCGACGGAAACUGCAUGACACCGGGCAAAAAUCCCUGACUUUUUGUGGAUGAGCAAACGAUUAUUGCUGUUUUUUGAUUUAUGGUUUACAAUUUAUAUAACUGCGCGCAGAUGAAGGUGGGGCAUCAGCGGGCCAUGCGAGGAGAUAAUGGUGGAUCAAAAUUUGUCUUUGGACCAGAACUAUUGUUACGUGUGCAUGGACGCAUGACGAGUAUAAUAAAUCCUCUAUUCUCUACGCUGUUUUUUUUUUAAAGUAAGUUUAAAACCAGAAUGCUUCAAUAAAGUAUUGAUUUGUACUUUCAA